GUACUGGUUGCGUUGUAUGCGUGAACGAGCUUCUGCAUCGAUCAUUUGUUCUUUGUUAGUCCCGAUCCGUUGGAUGAAAAAUUGUCUAGCCUCUCUGAUUUAACACAACAUAUACGACUUGGAAUUGUCCUGUGCAUUCUUUUUUUGAUCCUUGUCUAUUUAUUACCCUAUUCCCCAUUUCCUGAACGAGCCAAUCAGUCCAUGGAUCGUCAACAAAUUUUGGAUAUCGCCGAAUUUCCCGUUCAACGGUUGCUGAAAAUCGUGGUGAAUUUGCUCGAUUCUAUUAUUGCCACCAACGAUCGUUUACCAAGUACGCGUAUCACCCACUUCCACUCACGAUCGGUUCCAAAUAUAAGCUUACACGAUUACCUGACUCGCAUUCUGAAAUUCGCUCCAUUCACCAACGAAGUGUUGCUGUCAUUGCUGGUUUACUUUGACCGCAUCGCUAAAUUGGAAAACAACACUUUCGCUGUCAACUCUCUUAAUAUUCAUCGUCUUCUCAUUACAAGUAUUACCGUGGCAUCGAAAUUCACGUCUGACGUAUUUUAUCCCAAUUCUCGCUAUGCCAAGGUAAACAAAGCAAAGCAAAAAGGUUGGAUCGUUUUUUGCGGUUCCACUCAUGUUUUAGUUGAUUUUUCUUAGGUGGGCGGCAUCUCACUCGGUGAAUUGAACCAAUUGGAAUUGGAGUUUUUAUUUUUGUGCAACUUUGAGUUGCAUGUUCGUUUAGAAGAUUUGCAAGCCUAUGGCAAUCAAUUGUUAACGCACGCCAUGU